AUGACAUCCACUACAUUGACGGCUCAGUUGCUCAUAUUGGCGAGACUUUGCUUCCCUCCUUUUCGCUUUUCAUAUUUUCUCUCAAACUAUCGAACCGACUUAAAUGAGUGGUCGAUAAUCCAUCUAAUUCUCUUAGGAUUAGGGCAUUUUUAUGGUUCGAAGCAUGUGUUGUACAUGAGCUCUCCACCUGUAGGAUGUAGCACAGACCCCGCCGCAUCAUUCCUUGCAGCCCGCUAUCCCCCUCGCACUAUUGAAUCAAGCUGUCCAUGGGGAUGGGCUCCUGGAUGCCUGUAUAAUUCCUACGUAUUCGAUGCUCAAUUGAAGACCGACACUACUGCAGAAAGCGUAAGUUGUGAUUGCCUUAUGAACGAUUUACGUCUUCCACUACAUCGUAUACCAUCCAGAACGAAAGGAAAGUUGAGCGUUUGUGUACCUCCGAUAUACUGGGGAUUGAUUUUCUUUUUGGAGACAUGGCGAGCACAUGGUGCCAACCAUGUCUUUAUGUAUUACCAUUCAUCAACGAAGGACGUCCGCCGAGUAUUGGACCACUAUCAGAAAGAGGUUUUUGACUUCUCGUCAUGGAGAUGUGUUGGCAGAAUGCCAAUGCCGAACCGGUUUGAAAAAUUCCAAUCCAUCAGUUUUUAUUUUUUACACCUUGGGUGGGAGAAAGAAUACAAGGAAGAAGUCUUUGAUCGUUGA